AGCAGAAGAACGGCAGCCGUCUUCUCGUCGAGUUGCCUGGUGUGAUCCAAACAACAGCAGAGGCGUCUAUACCAACCACACGGGAGGAGUCUGUGGUGCCGCAGAGCUCAACAGUAGUGAUCGAUACCCCGCCUGCAACGGCUUCACCCUUGAUUGUUAUGAAUCCUGGACAAAGCCAAACGACGUCAGCGCAGUCUGGUUAUAUACCCGUUGCCGUGAGCCAGAACCCAUCGUCGACUAUACCACUCAUCACACCGCAAAUGCUGGUACGGCCGCCAGGUCUUCCCGCGGUCGUCGAACCACGCACCCCAACGGUUCCACUUCAGGUGUUGUCGCAGCUCGUCCCCGUUUCUUUCCAUGGAGAGAACAUUGGUUCUUUGCCGCAAGGCGCGGGUCAUUUCAGCACAUUACCGGUGGUCCGCCCUGCCGUUGUGAUUGGGCCCCGACAGCCAUCUUCGAUAGGAGUUGCGCCGCAUAAUAUAGUACCUCCACAGCGAACGGCGGGAGAACCGACGGGGGCUGCUGUUGUUCCGGUCUCUCAGGCCGCCCCGACCGUGCAGAUGAGCGCGAUAGGAACGAAUGUAACAGCGGCACCUGCGGCCUCAGUUUCUGUACCGACGACCCUCACGCAACCACCCGCACACACUACCCAACCGCCACCGUCCAUCCCCCCCGCGCCACCCGCAUCUGCCUCAACACCACUCCCACAACAACCCCUCCCCCAAAUCACAAACCAUCCCACACCACCACCCGUCCCCCUCCUUCACACCAUACGACCACAAUACCCACACCUAACUGAUCCGCAACGACAACUCCUCGCAAUGUCGUCGCCUCUGGGUUCACCCAACCCGAAUUUGGCGUAUUUGAGGAGUCUACCCAUCGGGGGUGUUGGGGCGCAGUUUGGGCGGCCGGGGAUUGGGGGUGUUGGAUUACCGGCCACGACGGGUGGCGUAGAGCAAGGUGGUGCUACGGCACAGGUUUCGUGUCAGCCUCUAUUGGUACCGAUUGGGCAUCAGGCGCCGCGGCCGGGUAUUGGACUACCUGGGACGACGGUGGGUGCGGUCCCGGUAGUGCUUCCGACGACGGUGCAGAUACCUGGCCAGCCGCAGCCUCUGUUGAUACCGAUCGGGCAUCAGGCGCCGCGGCCGGGUAUUGGACUACCUGGGACAACGGUGGGUGCGGUCCCGGUGGUGCCUCCGACGACGGUGCAGAUACCUGGCCAGCCGCAGCCUCUGUUGAUACCGAUCGGGCAUCAGGCGCCACGGCCGAAUGUUGGACAACCCGUAAUUCCUGCUGGCCAGACUGUCGCAGUGCCCUCGACGACGACACAGAUACCCGUUCAACCCCUCUUCAUACCCAUCGGGCAUCAAGCUCCGCGUCCGCAUACCAUCGCCCCCGGACAUCCAUCGACGCCUCCAGUUACAAUUCCCGCUGGGCAGAGUGGCGCGGUGCCUGCGACGACGGGGCAGGUACCUGUGCAGCCUCUGCUCAUACCCAUCGGGAACCAAGCUCCGCGUCCGAGUGUAGGGCAAUCAUCUACGCCUGCCGCUACGAUUCCUGGGGGGCAGAACGUCGUCGUAUUACCUUCCACUGCACCUGUCCCUCCGUCGCACCCGGUCAGCUACCCCAUUCCGCCUCAGCCAACCGGCCAAAACGCGACGCCGCCCGUCACGGUUCCCGCGGGACCAUUACCUCCUCCUCCGACAGCAACGCAAACCCCAACCCAACUUUUCCCCGGCCAUCAAAUCCCACGCCCCACGCAUCCAUUUCAGCAAGCCUUCUCAGUGCAACCGGCCCCCCACCCUGGUCAACAACAGCACCAACAACAACGACCGCAAUACCCAUUCAACCCAUUAAACAUGAACAUAAACAGACCGCAGAGUCCGAUGCUCCUUUCACACCAACAACAGCAGCAGUAUCGACCCCAACAACAACAACAACAGAUUGGAACCCCGAAUAUGAACCUUCCGAGACCGAUGUAUGUCAUGAACGCGGCGGGGGGGCAGCCGGUGGGAUAUCAGAUGCGCCCGCAGCAGGGGGGGUUUGUAGGUGUGGGGAGUGAUGGGGUGCCUGUGGGCGUUAGACCGGUGCCUCCUGGUGCAAUUUUGCCGCCUGGAGCAACGGCCACACCACCGCCGGUGGGAAUGGGAAGUGUUCCUGGAGCGGCGGCUACGCCAUCUGCGGGUGGGGCGGGGAAUGCUGCGACACCCAGCAUACCUCCUCCCGGGACACAGGUUCAGCAACCUCAGCAACAGCAGGCACAGCAGGCGGGACACGAACAGACGGAAUCUCCGCACAUGCAUGUGAAACGGAAGAUUGAGGAGGUGCAGGAGGGGAGUAACCCGGCGGAUGCGGGGAUGGAGCCGGUGCAGAAACGGCCGGCUUUGGAGAUGGGUGAGACGAGUGGUGAUGAGCAGAAAGGGGAUUCGUUAACGGAGGUGGAAGGGAAUACCGAGGCGGCGGAAAAGGCGUCGGAGGAUGUGAUGAAUGGGAAACCUGCCGGGUCGGAGAAAGAUGAUGGUGCGGACGAAACAGCCGACGAGUCCAUAAGCCACGAUCCUGCAGCCAAAGCCAACGAUGAGGCCAGCUCAACACUAGUCCCACCACCCGCACCACACCCAGUCCCCGCCUCCCCGCCACACCCGCCCUCACCACCCACCCACACAAAAGACCCCCUCGCAGUCUGGGAACGCACCCUCGACCUCUACCUGGACCGCGAAGCCGCCUACGCGCACGCCAUGAAACGACAGAUCGCACACCAGAAACACGUGCUGGACGCCAAAGCCGCCGAGCUGGAUGAAUUGAGACGGAAAGUCGCGGAACGGGUUGCCGGUGCGGCAAGCAACGGUGUGGGGAGUUUGGAGUUUGUGGUGGGAAGACGCAGGAGGGUUGGUGGGGGGGAGAUGUGUUUGUAUGUCAUCACUACAAUUCUCGUUGUGACCUACCCACCAGUUUGUUAACAUUUGUGUGAUUCCUCUCCAGCACAACACACCAACUCGCACGCCAAUCCCCCCUCCCCGAACAACUAAUCCCCAUCCGUCUCGACCUCGACAUCGAAGGCAUAAAAAUGCGCGACACCUUCACAUGGAACCUCAACGAGCAACUCCUCCACCCGCAAACUUUCGCCGAACUGUUGUGUGAGGACCUGCAUUUACCUGCACAGUUGUUUGUGCCGGCCAUUGAGAAGAGUAUGAGCGAGCAGAUCGAGGAUUUUUAUCAGGUGG